AAUCAAUCCAGAAAAACUUAUAGAUGUCCAGAAAAAACUGGAAUCCUUUUUAGCCCAAGAUCAAGAUUUAAAAGAAAGAGCACAAAGGUGUUUUGUCUCCUACAUACGUUCAGUAUAUCUGAUGAAGGAUAAAGAAAUAUUUGAUGUGAGCAAGUUGCCUAUAUCUGAAUAUGCCCUGUCUCUUGGUCUUGCUGUGGCACCACGAGUAAGAUUUCUUCAGAAAAUGCAGAAACAACCCACCAAAGAAUUGGUAGUGAGCCAAGCUGAGAAAGUAAUUGAGCCAAGGGCUCCCUCCCUCACCAGUGAUGAAGUGGAAGAAUUUAGAGCCUAUUUCAGUGAGAAAAUGUCCAUCCUUCAGAAAAGUGGGAAAAAACUAGAAAGGACAGAGUAUAGACUGGCUAAUGGUAUUAGCAAUGAAGAACAGGAAAAAGAGGAAGGAGAAAGAGGAGAAGAAAUGGAAGAGAAACUGGCAAAAGCAAAAGGGUCUCAGACUCAGUCUGUUCCUAACACUGAUGAGGCACAGAAGAUCAAGGAGGUUCCAGUGCAGUUCUUGGACAGGGAUGAGGAGGAAGAAGAUGGAGCUGAUGCUGAUCUUUUUAAGGUGAAGCGGCACAAUGUGUUUGGGUUGGACCUUAAAGAGAAUAAAGCAUUACAGAAGAAAGAACCUUCUAAAUCCAGCGUCAAGAAAAAAGUGACCAAAGUCGCAGAAGCAAAAAAAGUAAUGAAGAGAAAUUUUAAAGUGAACAAGAAAAUAACAUUUACCGAUGAAGGAGAGUUGGUUCAGCAGUGGCCACAAAUGCAGAAAUCCAUCAUGAAGGAUACUGAGGAAGAAGACAGCCCAGGUGGUAUCAACUUGGAUAAGGCAAAGGAAAGGCUUCAGGAAGAGGACAAAUUUGACAAAGAAGAGUAUAGGAAGAAAAUAAAGGCAAAGCAUCGGGAGAAAAGACUGAAAGAAAGGGAGGCCAGAAGAGAAGCCAACAAGAGACAAACAAAGAUCAUGAAAAAGCUAGCACUGAAAUCCAGGUCUGUCUCCACCACCCGACUCUUGACUACUGAUGGCUUUGUAGAGGGUGUUAAGGAUGAUCUUAAACCUGUUCUGGGCAAGUUAUUAACCUUAAAAACAAGAUAUUUUUUCAGAAAACAG